AUGUUCCAACCAAAUGAUCAUCCAAUCGCCAUAUUACCUCUUUUCAAGAAAACAGCGUCAACAGAUUGGUUCGAGAAUUCCGAAAUGCAAUUUCAAUUGCAAAACGUGAUAUGUAAAACAACAAGAUUUUAUUACGUAAUAAUUUCCCAGCCGUUGGAUAUAGUCUCAAGUUUGUCGUUAAAAGUGCAAAGAGGAACAGAUUACGACGCUCUAAAAGCAGAGUUAUUAUCAACGUUUAAACAAACCAAACCAGAGCAAUUCCAAGAAAAAGAACCUUUUAAAAUAAAUUUGAAUCUGAUGAAUGUAAACAAAAUUGAAGAGAGGCAGCCACCAGAAGAGUCCAAUGAAAUAAAAGUUGUCCUGAGCAAGAACAAAGAUAAUUCGACAUUCGGCUUCAGUAAUUAUUAG